AUGUGCACGGAACUACACGGAUAUACUGUCAAUUUCUCCGUUGCGCAGGAUGCCAAUGCCCUUGACUCGUUUGUCCCUUUGUCGCUACCCUCUCCCCUCGUCGUGGGGCCUGAAGGAACCUCUCGUUCUCCCGGUGGUGCUCUGCACGCGGCUUUGCAUAAAGCCUUUGCCAGAGGGAAUAGGAAUUUACGUGUGCUGGCUGCCCCCUUGCUCCUGACUGCAUGUAUCGGGUCAAGCCGGCUAUGCCUAGCGUACGAAAGUGAACGACGAAUCUUGUUGGGGAUGCAAAUUUCAUGUUCCACCGCAAAGAAGCAGCCGGAAACCCAGCAACUGAAUGACCAGAGCCGAAACAUUACAAACCAUGAAGCGGAACGCGUGACGCAAAUCAACACGUCGUGCAUAGCUCAGAAAACCCCUACCCAUACUUCCAGGUUUCAUAGAGGAGCCGGGCUUGCGAGUCUGUUUCGUGAGCUUGGACGAGUUCCAAGCACGGAGUCGAUUAGUUCAGCUUCAGCGACAAGCGCUUCUACGCAGAGCCACCCCAAGCUGAGCUGGAACUCCGAAGUACCUUCAAAACCACGCAAGGAGAAACGCUUGGAAGAUGUAGUUAUUCAAUUCGCCUCUAUGAAGUUGCCGCACGUUUCCGCACCAACUGCAUUACUGUACUACGUGCAACUGGGUCCUUAUGAGACUGCUUGUUCAGAGCUUACAAUUAGGCGUGAUCCAUCAGUCAAUUUCCUCUCCCUUGCAGCAGAGGGAUACAUUUUAUCGUGGCGUUACAACGUUUCGCAUUGCUCAGCAGACCUAGAACAGACCCAGAGCACAACCAACCAUUCUGGUAAUCAAAUACUGUCUCAAUUCAUAAAUUCCAAGCGGGAAGGUCAGCAGACGAUUCAACCCUGCUAUGGCGACGGCAAGGAAAAUCCCUACAGCUACGACAAAGUAUCCCUUCCAGAGUGUGUUCAAAGCAGCACUGCCACAUUAUCAGUUCCCAGUAAGAAUACAAUUGACCAGGCCGGUUCCGCUCUGGGACUCCAAUACAGCUCACUGAAUAAGAGUGGCACAUUCAGCGGCAAUCCUAAAGACGCGCAACUUGCGGGAACUGCAGCGUACCUUCCGCCCGGAUAUGCAACAUCCUGUGACGAUAAUAUCCAGGAGCGUGCGUGA